AUGCUUUUAUUUUCAUUCCUAAACUCUAAACAAUUUUCUCCAAAAGACCUAAUCGACCUCUGUCGACUUAAAUUCCUCCUCCGCCCGGAAAAUCACCUCCACCACCGUCUACCUGCGCGUCCCUCUUUGAAAUAUGCAAGUGAAGGAAUAAAAGCAACAUGUAGUUGGGCAUACAAAGGAGUUGGGAAUGAUUUUGUUCAUGGAGAUGACUACUUUUUGUCUCCUUUACCAAUUGUUAAUUGGCGAUUAGCUCAAGUGAGUUCUCUAUGUGUUGACCAAGGAAGGGAUCAGGGGAAUAAUUGUUUGGAAUGA